AAAAUCAAUCAUGAAAAUACUUAUAUUACGCUAAUAACAGUAUUCAUUAAACGACAACAACAAAUGAAUAAUGCAAUAUCAAUCGUCACAGAUUAUAAAUACAUAAAGUCAAAGACUACAAACGUAACUUUUUUAUUAAAGAGAGGCGAGUAAAGGAUACUAAACAUACAGCCAUCUCGCGAGUUUAUGAGUAGUUAACUCUUUAACCGGCAGCACUCUUAUAAUUCAGGCACAUUCAACUAAAUGCAAAUAAUUGUAUGGUUUAUACCAAAACAGAAAAAAUCGAAUGUCGAUUUUCAAGGGUGAUAUAUCGAUUCAGUGAAUCGACACAGUACUUCAUAUCGAUUUAAAAAAUCGAUAUUUUCUGCUCGAAAAAUCGAUUCUUCGAUUAAUCGAUCUCAGAUCGCCAUCCCUAGUCACUAGUCACUACUCAAUACUCCCUAGUCCGGCAUACACUAUUGGCUAUAGCCUAUAACUAUUUAACUAACCACAAAUUAAAUUUCUUACCUAAAAUUUCAAUCGUUUUUAAAACUUAAAUAGGGAUUAGGGACCUUAGACAGAAAAAACGUGGGCUCGCCGUCGUGGACGUUUUAACUUUUAAAAAUGUUGGGAUUACGUGCUUUACUAAAUAAAAGUACCUUCAUAGAACAAGCUUCAUUCUUCCAACAAACUAGAAAUACGUUCAUCCUUAAGAGACGAUGGCCACCACCACUGCACAAAAAGAAUGGAAGAGUACCAAAAUUAAAAGCAAGGCAUUUUGUUUAUGAUUUAAUUGAAGAUACAAAUGUUAAUAAAAAACCUGACUUAAAAGUAAUAUUAAAUCAAUUUGUUGACGGUGCUGGCAAUGUCGGAGAUAUAUUAAGUUUGCGUCCUAAUGUUGCAUAUAAAGAAUUUUUACUUCCUGGUCUUGCUGUAUAUGCAACACCGGACAACUUACAAAAGUACAAAGCUGCUGAAAAUAAAUCAAGGGAAUCAUCUGAUUUUAGUUCCCCUUAUGUCCAAAGAACAAUUAACUGUUUAUCGCGAAUAGUUUUACAAAUAACUAUGAAUAAGACUACACCAUGGAAACUUGAGACUUGGCAUAUUAAAACAUCAUUGCGAAAAGCUGGUUAUAUAGUACCCGAAGGGGCUAUUAUAAUGCCUCCAAAAGAAAUCACAGGACCAGAUUUAACUUUACAAGAAAAGGAGUUUUUCAUUACAGUUAAAAUAAAUAAUAAAGAAGAAGUAAAUGUAAGAUGCCGCAUCCACCAUUGGGCUACAGGUUUAGAGAGGCUGCCUUGGGAAGAGUUUCAUUGGAAAAAGCCUUUAGAGGCUCUUUUUCCAGAACAAGCUGAAAUUUUAGCAAAAAUGACUCUACCUGAAUGAGGUUAUUGAACCAUUAGGGUUUUUUAUAGGUCAUAAAUUAUUGAAAUAU